AUGAAGAUUUUCUUGGUUUGGACCCUUUUCCCAGGUGACCGGGAAGUGACAGGCCCCAGGCAGGUGACAGCUGAGCAGGGCAGCUCACUGGCAGUGUCCUGCAGCUACAAGCCACGCUACAAGCUCAACUCCAAGUACUGGUGCCGCAAAAGCUCCCUCUGGCUUUGCUUGACCUACAUCAUCCAAACCGAUGGCUCAGAGGUGACAGUGACACGGGACAGGGUGUCCAUCAGGGACAACCACACAGCGAAUUCAUUCACAGUGACACUCAGCAGUGUCACACCAGGGGAUGCAGGCCAGUACUCCUGUGGGGUGAAGAGGAAAGUGGGGCUCAGCCGAUGGCACAGCACCAAGGUGAUGGUCUCUGCAGCUGUUUCAAACACAACUGAGGACAGCAACCUGAGCCCAUUGACCACCAACCCUCUGUGCCCCAGGGGCUGUGGGGAGCCUCCAGUGCUGUCCCAGGCCAGUGUCAUCUACUUGCUGCUUCUGCUCAGCAUCAAGGUGCCCAUGGCCCUAGCCGUGGUUGGUGGGGCAGCCUGGCUGAGGAGCCGUGACCAGGACAUCCUGCAGCGCUUGGAGGCACCCAGCAGCACCAGGGCACGGGGCUGCCCACCCGUCCCAACCACCUCCGAGCCCCAGGGAUGCCCUCCUGCCCCCUGA